AGAACAGUUUUGGGAAAACGGAGCAUCUAUUAAAAGUUACGACUCAUUAUUCCUGGAGCAAGUGAGGCGCGACACGUCCACGGCCAGUUGGCAGAAUCUCGGCAUGGGUAUUUCACGGGUAACCGGUUACAGGAACUGCAGAAUGUUGUCUGAAUACCGUGGAACCAUAGAGAUCACACAGAAUGCAGUUCUGCUGGACAAAUAAAGCCAAUGCAGGGUUUUCACUCCUGCUGAGGGGGCAACUAUACAGGGUCUUGUUCUCUCCUGCAAGCCGAUCUAUAGAAACAUCCAGCAGCAGGUGUUUUUUCAUUUCCAAAUCAAGCUAUGAAAUGGUUGGAGUCAAAAGAAAUAUCCUUUUGUACUCAUUGUGCUGUUACUAUUUGAUCCCACAAUAUCUUUGCACAGGACUUCAUUCACAAACUGUGAGAUUUUCAUCUCAAGUUGGUAUUCAUAUGGAGCAGCAGUCCAUGUGCCCUCAGAUCAGCAUUGGGGAGGACCAUUUCCCAGGGUUUUAUAUUAUGUCCCAAUUCCACAUUGCUGAGCUGGCAAGAAGGGGCACUAUUCAAAAAGUUACAGGAUCAGCUCCACAGCACGUUGCUUAUCGAAUAGGCCCAGCGUUCAACUUUAGGAUCAACACAAGAUCAGCUUAUCCCUUGGGGUUGCCGGAGGAGUUUGCCUUUGUGGCUGUGCUGCGCAUGAGUGGCAGCGCCAUAAAAGAAAACUGGAAUAUUUGGCAAAUGCAGUAUGAAAAUGGAAAGGAGCAGCUAGCCGUCAGACUCAACGGGGAGUCUCGGUCUCUGGAGUUUACCUUCACAGCGCUGGACACCGAGAGGCAGACUGUUGCUUUCAGCCCUCUGGCUUUUCUGUUCAAUGACCAGUGGCACCAAGUCCUGCUCCAAGUCAGCAGGCGCUCUGUUGUCCUUUUCGUGGACUGUGUCAUGGUCGGCUCCCAAAAUAUACCACCCCGACGGAAAGUCAGCUUGGAUGGCUUCACGUUGAUAGGAAAGCUCAAGGACAAUCCAGUGGUGGCAAUGCCGUUUGAACUCCAGUCAAUGCUGAUUCACUGCGACGCGGCGCGAGCCCGGACAGAGGCUUGUUAUGACCUCCCAGCCAGGGCAUUGACUGAUGUGACAGAAGUACAGAGGAGCCAAGGACCUGCUGGCCCUCCUGGACCUGCAGGUGUCCCAGGAAUCGAUGGCAUUGAUGGGGAAAGGGGAGCAGAUGGUGAUGAGGGACUUAUUGGACCGGAUGGAGAUGCAGGUAAACCCGGCUCUUCAGGAUUACCUGGAAUUCCUGGAAAUGAUGGUUUGACCGGCCCUGUUGGAGAUCCUGGGCCCGACGGUCCCCUCGGACAGAAAGGGGAACCUGGAAAGUCUGGACCUCGUGGAGCCACUGGCGUUGGGCCUGAUGGACUGAUGGGACCACCCGGGCCUGGAGGACUUGGGGGUGAAGUUGGAAAAGUUGGACCACUUGGGUCCAUAGGUGUGAGAGGGCCACAGGGACCCCGUGGGCCAACGGGGCCAGAGUAAGGUGCAGCUGGAAUGCAAGGCAGUGCUGACCUGUGUCCAAACUCUUGUCCGCCUGGGACCUCGGGACAUCCUGGCCUUCCUGGCAUGAAGGGUCACAAAGGUGUAAAAGGUGAAGCAGGAGAACCCGGGAAACAAGGGCACAAGGGUGAGGAGGGAGACCAGGGAAGUUCUGGGGAGGUCGGCUCUCAAGGACCAAUGGGUCCUCAGGGAAUUCGUGGAGCCAUGGGAAUGAUAGGCUCCAAGGGUGAAUUGGGAACUCGAGGUUUUGAUGGAGAUCCAGGUCCCCAGGGUGUUGCAGGUGCAACUGGGGAUCAUGGCCAGAGAGGCGUGACGGGCGAGCUCGGCCCUAAAGGUGGAACGGGUAUUCUCGGGCUGAGAGGAAUCACAGGGGUUCCUGGUCCCAAAGGAGAUGCUGGCUUGCCGGGUGUGGACGGUCGUGAGGGUAUUCCUGGGAUGCCUGGAGCAAAGGGAGGCUUUGGGAAGCCAGGCGUGCCUGGAGAGGUCGGACUUCAGGGGCUUCCUGGUUUGCCUGGUGCACCUGGACCAAAAGGCUUGAGUGGCCUUAAGGGAGACGCUGGUCUGGCUGGCCUCCCAGGAACAUUGGGGCCUGCUGGCAAAGCAGGUGAGCGCGGAGAACAGGGCGAGCUAGGACCUGUUGGACCGAUUGGUGAAACCUCUGUCGGAGUACCAGGCCCUAUAGGUUCAUCUGGCAAGCCAGGUGCCAGGGGACCCAAAGGUGACCCCGGCCUUCCCGGUCUCCCUGGUCCUUCUGGCCUCCCCGGGGUGAAGGGAGAGAGGGGAGAACGUGGAGAGGGAGGACCCAUAGGAGAACAGGGAACACAAGGGGAUGAGGGAAACCCUGGAGACAAAGGGGAUCUUGGUGAGUCAGGAGAAUCUGGAUCUAAAGGAGAGGUCGGUAACCCCGGUGAUGCUGGCAAAAGAGGUCCUGAGGGGAGUCGAGGCCAGCCGGGAAUCGAGGGGCCGCCUGGCACACCUGGACCGAGGGGCAUGCAGGGGAACCGGGGUCCUCCUGGAGUCAGAGGGUCCCAGGGCCCCGCGGGUAAAGAGCCAAACGAUCAACACAUCAAACAAGUUUGCAUGCGAGUCAUGCAAGAACAACUGGCCCAGUUAGCUGCUAGUUUAAGGAGGCCAGAGACUGGCGCGGCUGGUUUACCUGGAAAACCUGGACCUCCAGGGCAAUCUGGUCCUCCAGGAGACAAUGGUUUCCCUGGGCAGGGUGGAGCAAGAGGCCUUCCAGGACUCAAAGGGCCACCAGGACAUCUUGGAAUAAAAGGACCCAAAGGUGAAUUGGGAGACAGAGGCUCCAGGGGGCCCACUGCACGAGGACCUAAAGGUCAGCCAGGAGCUCCCGGACUUCCUGGUGAGCCAGGCAAACCUGGCUACGGUCAGGAUGGUCGGGACGGGCAGAGGGGACGUCCCGGCGUUCCUGGACAGUCGGGUGUACCUGGGCCUCCCGGUGAUGCCGGUCCCAAUGGUUACUGCGACCCGUCAGCUUGCAACCUCCAGGCAGGGGCUGCCCAUCAGUCUCUGGAUGUGAAGGGGCCUGCAGGGAACUAAGAGCCACUCUGGCAUGGACAGAAAGACUGUUGGAUUAGCUCCUCUGAGCACACAACACUUUUCACAGUUUCUUUCCCAAGGCCUGCGGUCGGUGUGGGGCCUUCCACCCAUUAACCUCUAGUCUUGUGAGCAUGUUUUGUGCCAGCCAUAUCACCAUCAUCAGCCAGCCUCUUCAUGAAAAAAAAAACCCAAACUUCUUUUUGAUGUGCUGCAACAAUCUCGUUUGUUCUUUGUGUUUUUCUCCCUGAGAGGUGUUUUGACAUUUUCAGGAAGCUGUGCUCACAUUUAUGAGACGA